AGUCAAGGUUCCCUCUCUGCCGGAACAUAAGGCUUUCUCUAGUAUUAACCAUUACCGUCUCACCCUCCAAAUUCGCGCAGACACUCCGCAUGCUCUAUUUCUUUCGUCCCUUGGCCACUGUCAUACGAGCCCUCCUUUUCAUGCUUGGUAUAUUGCAGAACCGGCUGACUGUGCGGCUGCAUCUACCCCAGUUCGUGUGUGUGUGUGCGCGAGAGCUGGAUGACGUGCAGAGGUGACAGCUCAGACCAUGUACAUGUACACAGUAAGCACUAGGUCCUUAUGAGGCGGGCGGAACGUGACGUUUCCGACUGCAAACCCGCCUGACGCGCCCAUGAAGGAGAGGGGUGUGGAUAGGUGGGUACUGCCCGACCGACCGAUGCAUUCGUUUCCAGCUUUCCUCAGGUUCUGCCUCGAGCAUAGUAUUGUCAAGUUCAAGUGUUGUGAGGUGGGGAGAAGUGUUGAGUGGUGUGUUGGGCGUUUGUCAUAUGCUUCUCAUGCUCUGGGCCAACAUUUCGAGACCAUUGCUGCGGCUCUUGGACAGGAGGCGGCUGCACUCCUUCCGCUCACUGAAGAGCCAUCUCUGCAACGAGAAAAGACAGCUAACGGAGGUCUCGGAACUUUUCCGCAAAGGAGCGGAUGGCGUACCCCCACGAGCACCGUUAAAGAAGCCGCCAUCUUGUCGCAGCCGCUUGUCAGAUGGGGCAACAAUUCACCGAACUCAUCUGCUGAAGCGGGCUUGGCAGGCCGUUUCCAAUCUGAUGUCAUCAUCAACGAAGGCAUGGCGGGGUGACUGACGCUUCGGAUUAUCCUGACGUGGACAUCUCCCCUGGCUGUCCUACGUGCGGGCGCGCCUCAGUC